AAGAUUCCCCUCUUUUACAGCGUAAAUCCCUUCAUCUUUCGGAUUUCGGAACGUGGUCCUUGUCUCUCUCCACAUUUCUCAACACUCUCUUUCUUCCUGAUUUUUCCCAGAGCAACAGCCAACAAUGGCAUUUGCAGCUUAACAAUCUCAAACAAGCUUAAAAUUUUCCCGAGAUUACUAUAAAGGGAUCGGAACUGAGAUUUUUUGCUGUUCAAGCGGUUCAGGAGACAAUUUGGCGGCAGAAUCGCUGUAUAAGAUAUAGAUUACAUCAAUGGAAGAAAGUGAAAAUGGAGUUCCCCUUCAAAUUGUUACCGGAAGUGGUUUGGAUCAUUCUGGAAGUAACAGUAGCAACAAUGGCAGUUCUUCUGCUCACAGAAGCUUUUCUAGAGUGAACACUGUACCUGCAGGGAGGACAAAUUCUUGUACUCUAGAGCCUGAUUCAAGUCCUAAUAAGCUUGAAAGAUCAAAAACUGAGCGACAGCAACCUAAAAAUCUACUUGCUUCAGAAGCAGCACAGAUUUUUGAUAACAAUAUACCCAUCCAACAAAAACUUCAAUUGUUGAACAGGAUUGCUACAGUAAAAGAUGAUGGGACUGUGGAGUUUGAAGUUCCUGGAGAUGUUGAGCCUCAUGACUUUGGUGGGGGAGCACCUGAUUAUUAUCCUGAAUAUGGUGAUGAAGAAUCGCUUGAUACUGCAGACCUUCAGUACAUUCCGCCACUUCAGAUUGUUAUGCUGAUUGUUGGUACCCGAGGAGAUGUGCAGCCUUUUAUUGCAAUUGGGAAAAAGUUGCAGGAUUAUGGCCAUCGUGUAAGAUUGGCAACUCAUGCUAAUUUUAAGGAAUUUGUUUUGACUUCUGGACUUGAGUUCUUUCCUUUAGGUGGUGACCCAAAGAUUCUUGCUGGGUAUAUGGUUAAAAAUAAAGGCUUCUUGCCUUCCGGGCCUUCAGAGAUCCCCAUUCAGCGCAAUCAGAUGAAAGAAAUUAUAUACUCGUUACUCCCAGCUUGUAAAGAACCCGACAUGGAUACCCAUGUUCCAUUCAAAGCAGAUGCUAUCAUAGCCAAUCCCCCAGCUUAUGGUCAUACUCAUGUCGCGGAGGCACUAAAAAUACCAAUUCACAUAUUUUUCACUAUGCCCUGGACGCCAACUUGUGAAUUUCCACAUCCCCUGUCACGAGUCAAGCAACCUGCUGGAUAUAGACUUUCUUAUCAAAUUGUUGACUCUAUGAUCUGGCUGGGAAUAAGAGACAUGAUAAAUGAUGUCAGAAAAAAGAAGCUAAAGUUACGUCCUGUAACAUACUUGAGUGGUUCACAGGGUUCAGAGUCAGAUGUACCACAUGGAUAUAUAUGGAGUCCUCAUCUUGUUCCUAAACCUAAAGAUUGGGGACCCAAGGUUGAUGUGGUUGGAUUUUGCUUUCUUGAUCUUGCUUCAAACUAUGAACCUCCUCAGGAUCUUGUAAAUUGGCUCAAUUCUGGCCCAAAACCUGUGUAUGUUGGUUUUGGGAGUCUUCCGGUUCAAGAGCCAGAGAAAAUGACUGAAAUAAUUGUUGAAGCACUUGAAAGAACUGGACAGAGAGGCAUCAUUAACAAAGGAUGGGGUGGUCUGGGAAAUUUGGCUGAACCCAAGGAAUCUAUAUACCUACUGGACAACUGUCCACAUGACUGGCUGUUUCCACAUUGUGCUGCUGUGGUGCACCAUGGUGGUGCUGGGACAACAGCUGCAGGUCUCAAAGCUGCGUGCCCAACAACAAUUGUUCCGUUUUUUGGGGAUCAACCAUUUUGGGGUGAGCGUGUGCAUGCUAGAAGAGUUGGUCCUUCACCAAUCCCAAUUGAUGAGUUCUCACUAGACAAGUUGGUUGAGGCGAUAAAAUAUAUGCUUGAUCCACAGGUGAAAGAGCGGGCUAUUGAGCUAUCCAAGGCGAUGGAAAACGAAGAUGGGGUAACGGGAGCAGUGAAGGCAUUUUUCAAGCACCUUCCGAAGAAGAAGACCGACCCUGAUUCAGCACCUGUGGCAUCUAGUACAUUUUCAAUAAGCCGAUGCUUUGGUUGUGCUUAAGAGUCAGGUGAUUUACUCAUGUUAGUAUUCCAAAUUAGCCUUGUAAAAAUAUUUGCCGAUGCCUUUUAUCAAA